CCAGAGUAUCUAACUACCCCACCAGUUCACACGUCCGAGUCGACUCACAAAACCCGGCUUGAAUCGUUUCCCGCCAUAUCUGAUCCUCUGACAAUAUAACACCCCAACUACGCGCGGGAAUUUCACACAUCGUCUCCCAGAAUCGGAAAAAAAAAAAGAAAGUAAGAAAAAAAAGGAGAAAUGGAAAUCAUUCGAUCCCAGAGGAAGAUCGCCGCGGAGCCAGAUGUCACUCCUACUCUCUCUCUCUAUCGAUCCGCUCCAUCGCUCGAAGUACGACUCGAAGAUUUCGAGCUCUUCGCCCUCGAUCGCCUCCGAGUCCUAAAGGGGAUUUCUGAUGGGUUGUCCCGUGGGAAAAAACCCGAUGAAAUGGAAAAAUUGGUAAGUGAGCUUUGGAGGACGCACAUGAGGCAUCAAAACGCAUCCGAGGUGAUCAAUAAGGACAUAAUCUCGCAUUUCGUGCUCCGUCUUGUCUACUGCAGAACGGAGGAUUUGAGAAAAUGGUUUCUUUCCAUUGAGACUAUCCUGUUCCGCCAUCGCUUCCGGCUUGAAAGUUUUGACGCUCAGAGGAUGCUGAUGGGCGAAUUCAACCUUCCAUACAAAGCACUCAGCAAUGCCGAAUUUGAGAAUGUGAAGGACAAAUUGAACCAAGUUGCCCGCUCCAUUAAUCAGCCUUUACCAACAGCUGGCGCUAUCUUUUUCAAGGUACCAUUUGAAGAAGUACCAGACCUUGUUGCAGGCCGCAGGGUUUUUAUGCUCAAGGGUUAUGCAUAUGUUGCUAUGAAUCAGGUGGUGUCCCUUGUCGUCACACAGUUUCGAAGCCAUCUAUCGAAGGCCCUCGUCCUAACAAACAGAAAAUGGACAUCUACCAUCCGAGAACAGGAGAGGGAUCGAUUGACUCCUAUUGUGGAAGCGCUAAGCACUAUGUAUCUUGGUCCUGACUAUUCUCAGCCAAAGGAGUUUGCGGAAAUAUCGAUAAAGGACAUUGAUAUAGUAGCUAAUAGUUCCUUUCCUCUUUGCAUGCGGCACUUGUUUGAGAAGCUAAGAGAAGAGCACCACUUAAAGCAUGGAGGGAGGAUGCAACUGGGUCUUUUUCUCAAGGGUGUUGGCUUGAAAUUGGAUGACGCUCUUGCAUUCUGGAAGGCAGAAUUCUCACAAAAGGUUGGCUCGGAGAGGUUUGACAAGGAAUAUGCAUAUGCUAUACGCCAUAACUAUGGAAAAGAAGGAAAGAGGACAGAUUACACGCCCUAUUCUUGUCAAAAGAUCAUCACUUCAACUCCUGCUGUAGGAGAUCACCAUGGCUGUCCAUAUCGUCAUUUUGGUGAGCAGAAUUUGAGAGCUGCCCUUGGCAAAAUGGGAGUUGGAGGUCGGGCAAUGGAUGACAUAUUGGAAAAGGUCCAAAAUCGGCAUUAUCAGUUGGCAUGCACCUUGACAUUUGAAGCGGUUCAUGCCUCCUCUUGUGACACUGGGAUCAACCAUCCAAACCAGUACUUCAGUGAAAGCCAGAAAAUCUUUCAAUCAAAGAACCCUCCCACGACAUAAGGGUCCAUACUUUUCUGGGUGUAAAGUCAAGAUUGUUCAUGUGCCAAUGGCCCAGCUUGGCAUGUUUGGCGAGUGGAAUGCCGCUGUCCAAGCCUGGUAUGAGCCAUCUUGCUUCGAUGUCUAUAUGUAUUCAUGUAACAAUGUGAAGCAGAUAAAUGCCCACAUUUACUGUAGGUCUUUCUUCAUUAUAUAUUAUUUUUCCAAGGGCAGUGAAGCUGGUUAUGCCA